AUGUCAAAGGGAACAAUUACACAGUCGUCGUCGCGAUUGCUAUGCGCGUCAAACGAUGACCGACCGCAAUCAAAGGACCUCCAGGACCUCUUCUCCGCCCUCCUCGCCAGUCUUCUCCCUCUCAUCCCUCAUCGCGUCCGAUUCAUCAAGAUCGAACACACAUUCCUCGCCGAAGAUGCUAUCCACAACCUCGGCAAUCUCAAACUGACCCAGUCAAAUCGUAUGCCUGACCCUAGCAACCCAUCGGGCACCGUCGUCUCCACCUCCACAACAACCUUCUCCAUGAACAAGAACACAGCCCGAAAUCUGUGUCAGCAAUUCGUCGAUGCCCGAUAUAUCGAGUCUGCCGAUGGAAAGCCCGACCAGGUGUUUCAGCAAAGAGGUGGAGUAUGGAGACCAACGUCCAAGGGUAUCAUGAUCUUUGACUGGUUCUGUCAAUCGAAUGGCCUUUACCAGGAUCAGCUUAGUGAGCUGCACUGUCUCAUCACAGGGCCUUUGUUGCAUCUGGAACGAGAUGUCAAGACCGACAAGUGCCAUGUCGAUCGAGCCACCACUGAGGUUGUCUUCUGUCGGUUGAUCGGUGUUGACGGACGAGGUAAGAAGGGACCUUAUUCAGAGGGCGCAGCAGGUAUUCGACUCCAACCAGAACGCAAGGUAAAUGGAAAGACAUACCAUGAUACUUGCACAGGCCAGGUCAUUGCUGAGUGGCUGCGAGACAACACGACAUGCGUCGAUCUUCGAGAAGCCGUCAACAUAGCAACCCACUUCGUGCACUACAACCUCAUCGAGUCAGUCACAACAGACAUGGUCUACAUGAAUCAAUUCGCCGCCUGCAAACUCUUCCAACCUACCCCCAUCGCUAUCUACCAACUCUCCCAACGCGGCCAAGACCUUGUCGAGACCAGCUCAUCGAGUCGCUGCUCAUCACAAGGCAAGACAGACUCAUCAUCAGCAAAGGGUGGCGUCAACGAGAGCAACCGACACAAGCUUGAGAAGAUCCUCCUCGACCCUACACUGCGAUUGCUGUUCCGUGAGAACCUCCGAGAGACUUACUGUGAAGAGAGUCUUGCAUUCUACGAGCAGGCUGAUGAGAUCAUUCGGGACUCCAAGGCCAUGCUUGAGACUAUGCUGAAGGAUAAGAAGGGCGAUGAUGCAGCGAACGAGCUUCUUUCUGAAGCGCAUGUUGUCUUCAAUACCUUCCUCGCACCUGGGUCACCGCGAGAGGUCAACGUCAACCAUAAGAUCCGAUCAAGUCUUGCUCAACGGAUGACCAAGGCCCAGGCACUCGAUGCCACAGUAGCAGAUACCUUGCAAGAGGUGACAUCACUAUUGGAGACUGCACAAGAUGCCGUCUUCAAGCUCAUGGCCACUGACUCUGUGCCCAAGUUUCUCAACAAUCCAGCAGCCGAAAGCCGACUUGUUCAGGCCGGCGUCCGAUGA